AUGGCCGCCCUCAGCUUCGGCGCGCCCACCGGGCAGCAACAGCCGCCGCACCAUCGCCAGCCGUCCACGUUUUCGACCUACGGCCCGCCCGCCAAGUCGCCCUCGCCGCCGCGCCAGCUCUCCGGCGGCGCACCCUCGCUCACCGCCCCGCUGCCCGCCAUCCCCACGCUCUCCGCCGCCUUGGACACCAUCCAGAACCCGGCGCACGACCCCACGCAGCGCAUCGCGUGGUGCCGCGACGUCCUCCUCCUCGUCGAUCGCCUCCAGCCCGCGUCCGCUGCCGGCGGCGCCUCCGCCGCGGCCGGAACCGACCCUGUCACGGGGCCCGCGCGCAUCACCGACCCGACGCUGCAACGCCUCGCUCUCGCUGCAGUCCCGAUCGUCCUCCAGCUCGCCUCGUCUGCCGCGGCGGGCCAGCAGAUGCCGCCCCACGUCGCCGAGGCGGUCUACCUCCGCGCGACGCUCGCGAACACGGGCCAGUUCCCGGACCUCGUCCCCCGCAGCCCGCGCACGGCCUUCCGCGAUUUCGAGCUCGCGGCGCGCAACGGACACCAUGCGGCGUGGUUCCGGCUCGGGAGGGAGUACGAGUCGGUCAACGAUGCGCAGCACGCGCGCGACUGCUUCGAGCGCGGCGUCAAGCUCAACGUCGAGAGCUGCUUAUACCGCAUGGGAAUGGCGCAUCUUAUGGGUCAGUUGGGCUUGCCCGCGAACUCGACUGUUGCGGUGCCCCUCCUCCAACGCGCGGCAACCCUUGCAACGGUCGCCUGUCCGCAACCGGCCUACGUGCUCGGCCUCCUCCUCCUCGACGAGUUCUCGCACGUGUCGAUCCCGCCCCAGACGUUCGCCUCUGUGCUCCCCCCUGGCUCCUCGCGCGAGGCCGAGGCGCGCCGGCACCUCGAGCGCGCCGCCUACCUCAACUUCGCGCCGGCGCAGUACAAGCUCGGGCACGCGUACGAGUUCGCGCAGGCGCCGUUCCCGUUCGACCCGCUCCUCAGCGUGCAGUACUACUCGCUCGCGAGUCAGCAGGGCGAGAUCGAGGCCGACAUGGCGCUCUCCAAGUGGUUCCUCUGCGGCGCCGAGGGCUGCUUCGAGAAGGACGAGGCGCUCGCGUACACGUUUGCGGAGAAGGCGGCGCGCAAGGGUCUUCCGAGCGCCGAGUUCGCGAUGGGGUACUACGCCGAGGUCGGCGUCGGCGGGCCCAAGGAUAUGCAGGCGGCGAGGAAGUGGUACACGAGGGCUGCGGACCACGGCAACGCCGACGCGAAAGAGCGGCUCGCGGCGCUCGCGCAGGACCAGUCGCUCAGUCGGCAAGAGCACGACGUGCUUACCGAGAACACCCUCGUCCGCAAACGGACGCAGGCCAAGCAGCGUUCCGACGCGCGGCCCGGUGCCGCACCCGCGCGGACGCAGCAAGCUGCCGAGGGACAACGCAUCGUCAACGUCAUCCGCCAAAACUCGCUGGCGCAGCCGCCCGCGCCCGGCCCCGCGCCUUUUCCCGCUCCGGCUGCGGGACCCUCGAGCGCGCACACGAGCCCGAGUCUCGCCCCCGCGCAGGUGCCCCCGCUCGGCUACCAGCAGCGGCGCCCGUCGCAUGCCGACACGGCGUCGCCGCCUGCGCCUCUCGGCGCCACCCAGGGGCCCGAGCCCCGCCGCCCGUCGCACGCCGACACCUCGCCCGACCCCGCCAGCUUUGCGCGGCCGAACCCGCCCCGCGCGCACCCCAACGCGCACCGGUACACGCUCGCCGACCCCGGGUUCGGAUCGGCUCCGCCGCCUGGGGCGCCGGGGCCGGGGCGCGCGCAGAGCCCCGGACAAGGACCUCCGCGCGAGCAGUCGCCUGCGUUCCGCCCGCCCGGGCAGCGUCCCGGCCGCGAGCAGUCCGCUACGCCGGGUGGCCAGCCACAGCAGCGACCGAACGCCGGGAGCCCCGCGCCCGACCGGCCCAAGCCGGCGGGGCCGACGACGUUUGCGGAGAUGGGCAUUCAGAGCGGAAAGCUCGAGGACAAGGAGUGCAUCAUCAUGUGA